AUGGCACGAUAUUAUUCUCUCACCCUAGCCUUCAACACCCUCCACUCGUUAAAGAUCGUCCUUAACAAUGGUAGCAACACCUCGGUCGAUUCAGGCCUAGCACUAGCUGUCCUCGUUACAUUCGCCCACCUCGCCUUCGUCCAGCACCUACACGGACCCUACAACACUCACUAUCAGAGAAAUCUACAGAGAACACUACUCCCACCGAGUUUUACAGCAGAGCAAACAGCCUCCCUACAAGCCAUGAUCACUGCCGCAAUCGAUGACGCAAUCAGUCAGGCUAUGCCAGCCUUCGAGACCAGACUAACAGCUUUCGAGACCAGACUGACAGCUAUUGAAGCCAAAUUCCGCCCUGCUGAGUACCAAGUUACCGCUCCUCAGCAUAGGCCAUGGCAACAGUCAAUUGUGGAGAAAACUGCGGAGAAAACUGCGGAGAAAUCUACGGAGAAGACUACGGAGAACAAGAGCACGGGCAGCAGCAGUCCUAUUCAAGCCGGCACACUCUCCAUCAUUCCACACCAGGCUACUAUGCACUAUUGCGGAGAGUUUACCAUUCGCCUCGGUAACGCUCCACUUCUCGCCUCUCUUCUCGCCUCUCUUCUCGCCUCUUUUCUCGCCUCUUUUCUCGCCUCUCUUCUCGCCUCUCAACUCGCCUCUCAACUCGCCUCCCCACUCGGCUAUAUUCGAUAUGCGAAGGAUAUGGAGGCUACAGGCCAAGGAUAG